GAGCGAGGGCGGGAGGAGCGGCGAUGGAGCCGGCGCUGUGGCCCAACAAUAUCAACCAGGCCAAUAAGGUGGCCCUGCUCGCCUGGGUGAAGGAAACUGGCAUCAACCUGGUGCAGGUUAACGGGCAGAGGCGCUACGGCGGCCCCCCGCCAGGCUGGGUGGGCAAGCCCCCGCGCUUCGGCACCGAGGUGUUCAUCGGGAGGCUGCCGCAGGACAUGUACGAGAAUGAGCUGAUCCCCCUCUUCCAGAGCGCGGGCGAGCUCUACGAGUUCCGCCUCAUGAUGACCUUCAGCGGCCUCAACCGCGGCUUCGCCUACGCCAAGUACAGCACGCGGUGCGGUGCCAGGGAGGCCAUCGCCACCCUGCACAACCGCGAGGUGCGCCGGGGCUGCGCCAUCCUGGUCUGCAGGAGCACCGAGAAGUGCGAGCUCAGCCUGGACGGCCUGGCCCCGGCGCUUGCCCGCUGCCAGCUGGAGGCUGCCCUGCGCAGGCUCACCGAGGGGCUCCUCACCCUCACCCUCUACCCCAGCCCCUACCGGCGGCAGGCCCAGCUGGCACUGCUCAAGUACAGCUCGCACUACGCUGCUGCCAUGGCCAAGAAGACGCUGGUGGAAGGGAACGCGAAGCUGGUGGGGCUGGAGGUGAAGGUGGACUGGCUGAAGACUGACCUGAAGCAGAAGCUGCAGUCACAUGAGGAGAGCCCAGCACACAGCCAGGACCAGGAGGCCAAGUGCCCAGGGGUGCCCAGGUCCCUGGUGCCACAUGAUGCUCUGGCCCACCUGAAUGCAUUGUGCCAGAGGUGGUACCUGGGCACCCCUGUGUUCCUCACCAAGUAUGUCCAGGGAAGCCCUGGCGGGUGGCUGCGGGUCUGGUGCCAGGUGGCCAUCCCGGGGUGCCCCUUGUCCUUCAGGGGCUUCGUGUGGGUGCGGCCGGACAGGCGCGGCAGGAGCGGGCACGAGCAGGCCAAGGUCGCCGUGGCACUGUACGUUCUCCAGCUGCUGGGGUGCCAGCUGACACGGGCAGCUUCUGCCCGAAGCACGCCGUGAGCCGAGCUGCCAGCACCACGCCGAGCCCUGCAGGGGGACCUGCUCCUGUCCUGCUUCUGAUUCGAGUUCGUUUGGGUUUGUUUAGAGAGCUGGAGGGCAGCACUGGUGGCCUUCUCUGGGGCACCUGCCCUGCUCCCUGCCAGCCCUUGGGCACAGUUCUGGGUUUUGGGGGAUGUAGGCUCACCUGCCCCGUUGGCUGGUGGAGCCCUCCCCAGUUGUGGGAUAGAGUUCUCAGUUGGGUGGUGGAGCCUUCCCCAGUUAGGGGAUAGAGAAGUUCUCAGUUGGGUGGUGGAGCCCUCCCCAGUUAGGGGAUAGAGAAGUUCUCAGUUGGGUGGUGGAGCCCUCCCCAGUUAGGGGAUAGAGAAGUUCUCAGUUGGGUGGUGGAACC